GAAACUGCCGCAUCUCCGAAUUUCCCGAUGAUCAGCUGAAGGUGCUCAAUCUUCGAGACUUGAAACUGCUCUUCGGCGGCUCCACCUGCAUUAUAAUGCACUGUGAGGUCUUUGCGGCCAUGUUCACCAACGAGGGCUUCCUCGAGGCGACGCAGAAGAAGCUGGAGAUUCCGGACAUUCCCGGCGAGGUGAUGGCCGUCCUCCUCGAGUACAUCUACGGCGGCGAGAUUGCCAACGUGGGGCCGGUGGUGAGCGAGCUGCUCGAGGCGGCUGAUAAGUACGACAUUCAACCGCUGAUUCAAAUCUGCGUCUCCCACAUGCACAAAUCGAUCUGCCCGCAGUCGGCGGCGAAAAUCUUCUACAUUGCCGACCUCUACCGAAUUGAGCCGUUGAAAAGUCAGGCCAUCGAUUACAUCUGCCAGCACGCAGCGGAAGUGCGUGAAAGUGAGACCUGGGCGCAAUAUGUCCGCCCUAGCAGCGACCUCCUCGAGGAACUGUUUAACAACAUGGCCAACAAACGACUUUACGGAAGUUCUGGUGCUGGUAGUAGUAGUAGUGCCGGCAGCAGCAGUGCUGUUUCCAGCUCCACCGUUAGCAGCAAAGGAAA